ACCCUCGUCCCUGUGCGCUGCGUCCACCACUUUUCAUCCUGCUCGAUCUGUACUCCGCAUAAGCUAUUAUCAGAUUCACAGCUGUACAUUCUACUUUGGAGAAACUCAACUCCCUGAUAUCUGAUCCGAUGAAGUCAUGGGAAUUCGUACCGGCAGUGAAUGCUCAUAUGACUGCAAAAGUACAGUAUUUUCAAGACCUCCACGUAAUACAGUAAUGGAUUCGAAAGGGCUUUUGUAAACCUCUAUUGAAUUUCUUUUUAUGCAAAGCCGCAUGUCAACUGGAUAAGUAACAGGUGCACUGAACUGAGAACAGAAAGCAUGUCAAGCCAAUUGAAAGUAUAUUAUAGAGUAUACAUGUAUUGACUCACGUUAGUGACCAGACCAGACGUUUCGGAACUGAAGUUAUAUUAAAAUGGGGUACACACCGAAAUAUUGCUUUCUUGUUCUUUGCUUUCUCGCAUCUACUGGUUUGCUACCACCUGUGCAUUGUACGACUGAUAAGUUCUCAAAUAGUGCUGCUGACUUUUUACUCAAGAUUCAAAAUGGAUUUGAAAACUCCUCUAUCAGCUUAAAAGAUGAACUCUUCGUUGCUCAAAACAUCGACAAGGUUGGAUCAAACUUUGAUUGUCCAGCAUCAGUUUCGCCAACUGUUCCAGAAUCAGUUCAUUUAUUACGACCCGGGGACAUCGGGAUUAUUGGUGCUCUAGGUGACUCGUUGACGGCGGCGUAUGGAGCUGGUGCAAACUCUUUCUCACCUGUGAUGUUCGAGUACCCAGGGGAAGCAUCAAGUAUUGGAGGCGAUAAAACGUUGGAGGAAAUCAUUACACUUCCGAAUAUUUUCCGAAAGUAUAAUUCUCAUCUGUAUGGCUAUUCGACCGGACUUUCUGUCAUUUUAACCCAACCAUUCAACAAACGAUUGAAUGUGGCAAUCAGUGGAUCUUAUGCAACAGACAUGCCUGGCCAGGCUCGAGAGCUGAUCCAAACAAUGAAAGAUGAUCCUUCGGUCGAUUUUGAGAAUGAUUGGAAACUGAUAACAUUAUUCAUUGGCGGGAAUGACCUAUGCAGUGGAUGUCUCUACGCUGAAAGCUCACCGGCAAAUUACAUCAAAUUUGUGGAAAAGACCAUCCAAAUAUUACACGAUGAGAGCCCAAGGACAUUCGUCAACGUUAUUGGAAUAAUGCAAGCUAAUCAGAUCAUGAAGCUACAGGGCCCGACGAUAUGUAACUUAAUUACAAGUGUGUUUUGCCCAUGCGCAUUGGGAGGUUCAAUCCCACAGCAAUACGUUUAUCUCAAAGCCAGAGAAAUGCAGCGACUUCUUCGCAACUCUGUGGAAAGUGGAAAAUAUGAUGAUAAAGAUGAUUUCACGGCAGUAUAUCAGCCAUUUUUAGAAGACUCAAGUGUUCCUACACUACCGGACGGAGAUGUCGACAGGUCAUUCUUCGCACCCGAUUGUUUUCAUCUCAGUCAGAAGGGACAGGCUGCUCAGUCAACGGCCAAUUGGAACAACUUGUUUGAACCUGUAGGAUCCAAAGAUACAUCAUACGACACUGGAGAAAAAAUCAACUGCCCUUCACAGGACUUUCCAUACCUCUACACCAAUGUCAACAGUAAACCAGGAUUUCUUACCAAACUUCAAAAAUCACACACGUUCGGCAAUGAGGUACCAAACACCAAUGCAACAUCGAUGCCGCGAGAUUUACGCGACCAUGUCCACGAGAUCAACACGAUACUUCGUCUUGUUCCAUAGCUGUCCCCAUUUCUUACCUAUGAUAGUUGGCAGAAAACAAAUAUUUAGGGUAUAAUUUUCAAGACUAUUUAUGACAGUCCGGUACUAAUCCAUUGAUGGUGUUAUACUUUGGUGUCACCAACACUUUUACACUACAUGGUGUGGUCUCCUACGUAGAUGUAUAGGCUGCUUACUGAGUCGGAAACCGUAUUGCCAUUGACCUACUACCUGUAACAUCUCUAUAUGGUUUAUAAGAUAACCUUGGUCUAAUUAUAUCGACACCAACACUGUGUCAAAUAUCACCUCCUGCAUGCAGAGUAGUAUUUGGACAUACCAGUGCCAGAUUGUAACACCAUUUUAAACACUAGCUCCAGUUGACAUUGUCUGUGGUGUUAAAUCCAACAUAAUUGUAUCUUUGUCAGCAUCGUUAUUGUUCAUUAUAAUCAUUAUCAUCAUCGUCACUUUCUUCAUUAUCAUUACUUCUAUCAUUAUCAUCAUCAGUCUCGUUAUUUGUCUGCUUAUUCUUCAUAAGCAGGUACUUGUUAUAUAAAUUGAAAAAUAACCAAAGAUUUGUAAUCACAUAAGUGGUAUGAUAUUAUUUAUGCAUUGAAAUUAUAAAAUUCUGUUAUAGUUAUCAUAUUCUCGUAGUUAUUAUAUUGUCGUUGAUGUUUGUAUCUUAAUUGUAAAUGGUGAAUUUCUAUGAUUUUAAGUUACUAAUUCAAUUAUAUUUAUUCAUUCAACAAUUUUAAAUAAAA